AUGGGGAGAAGAGUCUCACCCUUGGCAAAGUCCUGGGACAGGGGCUUUCUGACCUUGGCUUGGCUGGAGAAUCCUGUGAACUUAGAUUCAAGCAACAGGGACUCGGACUUGGAUUCAAGCACUACUGACACAGACUUGGACUUGGACUUGAACAUGACUGACUUGGACUUGAACUUGAGCAGUGGAGACUUGAGACUCAACUUGCACUUGAGGAGCAUCAUUUCAGGCUUAGAGAGACACUGUAAAAAGAAAACAUUCGUUGGAGUUUUUGGAAAGACAGGAUCUGGAAAGAGCUCCUUGAUCAAUGCCAUUCUGGGUGAGAAGAUGUUGUUGCCCUCUGGGACCAUUUGUGCUUGCACAUCAGUCAUCAUACAAGUGGAGGCCAAUAUGACCAAUUCCAGCUACAUAGCUGAGAUUGACUUCAUUUCAAAAAAGGACUGGGAGGGGGAGCUGAAGAGCAUCUUAAGAAUUUUAUCAGAUGACAAAGAGGAAAGGAAUGAUGAUCUGGUUAGUGCAUCAAAAGACAAGCUCAUCGCUCUGUAUGGAGAAGAUGCUGAAAUGGAGGAUUUUGAUGAGCUUAUUAAGGAUGAUCAUUUUUCAGAUAUUCCAGAGUUUCUGAUGUCAUGCACAAAAACACUUUCAUUUGACACAGCUGCAGAACUCUUUGAUGCAACUGGCUGUUACAUUCAACAUGAUGAGUUGAAACCUGGUGAGUGUUUCUGGCCAGUGGUGAAGUGUGUGACAAUUAAGGUGCCAAACUGCAAAGAUACACUGGAACACAUUACUUUGCUUGAUCUUCCUGGAACUGGAGACUACAACAAGAGCAGAGAUGAGAUGUGGAAAAAGAGUUUGCCAAAUUGUUCCUCUGUAUGGCUCGUAAGUGAAAUUAACAGAGCUGGCUCUGAGAAGGCAGCCUGGGACAUUCUUAACAGCAGCCUGACAGACCUUGCACAAGGAGGGGAAUGCACCAGCAUCACCUUCAUCUGUACCAAGUCUGAUGAUCUUGACACGCAGUACUACAUGAGAUCAUGCAAGCUAAAAGAUGAAGACCUAGGAAUCCCAUCAGAUCAGGAUUCUAAGUACAUGGUCAAGAAAAAGCGGGCUUGUAUUUUGCAUAGAAAUGACAAAGCCAAGAACCUUGUGAGACAGAGAUUUGAAAAACAAUGUCAAAUCAAGAAACAUUUCAGUGAUGAAAACUUUCAAGUGUUCACUGUAAGUUCAGCAGAAUUCACUGAAGAUAACUCAUUACUGAAACCAGAAGAGACAGAAAUACCACAUCUAAGAGAAUUGCUGAGAAGUCUGAACAUGAGAUACACAAAGGAAGCGACCAAACAUUAUUUUGAUGGAGCCCUCGGAGUCUUGUCCUUGAUUCAGGCUUACGGUGAUAACAGCAGGGUGAUGACACAAGACAAGUCCAUUCUGUACAAUGUCUUGGACAAGAAACUGCAGAAUGAGCUUGAAGGCAUACAAGAAUAUUUGCAUCAUCUUUUGAGUGAGCUAGACCUGUGCCUUUCAGAGGGAGUCAUUGAAUCUGAAGAGAAAAGUAUUGAUCUUGCAGUGAAAAAAGUGAUAGCACCGACAAGGAAAAAUGGCAGCGCAUACCACAGGACUCUAAAGGCCUUAUGCAGGAAUGAAGGCUAUUUCAGGUCAAAGCAGGGAGAAACAGACCUGAACCAGUGUUUGGCUACAUAUCUGUACAAACACAUCAACAAUAAGUUCAACCUCUAUUUUGGCAUAUGUGGAAAAACUGGCCAAUCAGUGUAUGAGAGGAUUGAUGAGUUCAGCAUCAUCUCAAGCAAAACAACUGAGGACUAUGGGGACUCUGCAGUGUUGAAUCACAUUCUGAAUUUCCUAAAAUCUGAGGAAACCAAGCUUAAGGACCAGCUCAAGCUAUCAGUUGUUGUGCAGAAAAAGAAAAUGUAUGCAGUACUCAGGGAUUCCCUGAGAAACAGCAUGAUUUCCUGUUAUCGAGAUGCAGCAUUAUUCGUUGGAGUUGGAUCCAUGAAGAAGAUGCAGGACACGCUGAUAGAGCAUAUUGAGUCAUCAAAAGGGACCAUGUUCAGACAUGCGAAGAACGAGAUGCUGGAGUUGUUCAAAACCCUGAUGGUCCGGAUUGAGAAUGAGCUGAGAACAGAACUAAAGAAAGCUAUGGAUCAGUCACUCAUUGACUCCAACACCUUACAUGACCUAAAUGUAUCUAAGGAAAUUCAGGAUGUGAAGAUGCUAUCUGAUGCUGUGUUGAAUCAAAGCCAAAUUUAG